AUGGAAUUCUUAGAUUGCAUCAGAUGGCUUCCCUCUGCUUCAAACAAACAAUCAUGGAGAAUUUCCUAUAAUCCAGACGAAAAUAAGUUCAAGAUCUUCGAUUACUACAAUCUGGCGAAUGGAAUAUCAACGUUCGACAUAGGAAUUAUGAUUUCCGGCUUUUACUUCUAUAGUAAAGGCCAGUGCCAGAUUGAUAUGACUCCAUCUGAAGAAACAUUCCAUACAGGUGGAAAAUACGUAUGCAGCAUCACAAUGCCAAAGUCAUUAUUUGAAUAA